AUAAUCGCUUCGUUGUGGAGCUGUGUKCGACAUACUUUUGUUGCAAGGCUACCCAACGAAUUGWAGGGCGYACCCUCACUCACAUUCAACAAUGAGCCUUAAGUGGGUUCCUUUCCAUCUGAAAUACUCGUCUAUGCAAUUGUCUAUACAUCCAGCUCUUAUCAUCUCCACUCAGAUUCAASCUACCGCGACGUCCAACGGGCUUUCUGGCAUUUGAUUAUCUCUUCAACGUAWMUGAAUYUAAAGUGUGCUGAGUAAGAGGGUCUUCCAGCUUCGUCCAAACGCGAUGGUUUUUGAUGUCUUAAAUCAAAAAGGCGUGAAAGAUACAAUAAGUGCGUUAGUCUGCAAAGCAUUCAGCUCUUCCUUUUACCUAGAAAAGGUAUAAUAGAGCUGAACAGAGAACUUAUCAUACAUUCAGAAGCGAUAUACCGAGCCAGAUGAAUCACGGCGCUACUGGGACGAGCUGGCAGUGAUCUUAAAUACUCAAUGUGGAAGUUCAUUGAUGCAGGAAUGGUAAAACGUUCUAUUGAUAAUCACAUUAUUGGAUCUUUCUGUUUGAUCUUCACUAUUUUAGCUUUUCGCCGCGCAUCGUGUGCUAUUUAUCCAUUUCCUGCAUGGGGCUCUCCUUAUCAAACCGCUGACCAUUUUUGGCCUUUUCAAAACAUCACUGGAGGUCUGCUCGACGAUGUCCAAGGAGCCGCUCACACUAUUGUAUACAAUGGCGGCAGAAUCAGGAAAGUCAGUCAACUUGGAACUUCUCUCUUUCUGGAUGGCAAAGAUGACUGGGUCGAUACGGGAAAUGCUAGAGAUUGCAGCGAGCUACAUGCAAUGAAGUUUGGCUGUGGAUUCAAUGCGGAUUGCGUGACGGAUCCAACACGUUGCAAGGACGGUUUUACACUCGCUUUCUGGCUUAAAGUAUACGGCUCCGGCUACAUAAUGUCAUCUGGGUCUUUCACAAACUCCCAACGUGGUCCUGGGUUUCGACUUUUGUACGACACGAAAAUACAAGGAUUUGAAUUCAUUCUUGAAACAGCUACCAAAAGAUGGCGMGUCCAUGUCCAGGCAGACAGAAACAAGUGGAUUCAUAUGAUAUUUUCCUGGAAAGAGUCWAUUGGUAUUGAAUACUACGAGGACGGCAAUCUAAGUACUUAYAGUGGUCCCAAACCAUUCUUUUUAUCRUCWCGYCCUAAGCGGUACACGCCUGUUAUAACACUCGGUAGGCCUAACAAGAUAUUGGAGGUCAGGAACUUUGGAUAUUUUGAGAUAUCGCAGUUUGCUAUUUGGAUGAAGUGGUURUCGUCGAGUGACUCGGCUGGUGUUUAUCUGAAUGGUGUAGUGUACGAUCAGGAGACUGCUGUAUGCUGCUACUUCAAAUCAGUUGGUAUAUGCACAAGCAAUCCAUGCUAUGAUCCYAAGCAAUGCAAACGGAUUGAUGACACGCACAGAUGCCUGUGCCCUCGUGUCAGCCUACGCCUUAAAACRUGCAAAGAAAAGAUCAAAGGAUAUUGCACGGAUAAGCUGAAAAGCUGUAAUAUUUAUUCACGACAAUCAAGGUACUGUCAACACAGGAAAAUGAGGGAAAUUUGUCCUCGAUCCUGCUCCUACUGUGCUCCGGGCUCGAAAGAUAYCAAGAAUACCCAARMCUCCAAAGGMUCUACUAAUGURCAAGGUACAUCACCCGAGUCUUCUGGUACUGGAUUCGUUUAUUCGACAGAUGAGGGAGUACACAGUGCUACAAAGCCACCGUUUGUUUCCCCUACAAUAAAUCCAAGCUCUAGCAGUCUUGCACCGUAUUUAAUGCCAUCAAGUGCACCUACAUAUGGCAACAUGACUAGAGUUAUGAGAAGAGGCAAAGACUGCGAUAGCAUCCAGUGUCUCUAUCACGCUACCUGCAUUAAAUACAAAGACUAUGCCGAAUGCAAAUGUCGAGAAAGUUGUACGUAUGAGUACGCCCCUGUUUGUGGUACAAACAGCAAGAAUUACUUAAAUCAAUGUGUCUUGAAGCAGGAUUCUUGUAUGUUGGGGCAAUGGAUACGAGUUGCUAAAAAGGGCUCGUGCGGUGAGUAUUCAAAAGGUUCACGGUACCCAAAUGCAGCGCAUUACUGGCCGUUCAAUGGCACUUCCACGAAGAAAAUCCUGUCUGACCUUCGAGGAAAGGGUAAAGCAGUGACGUACAAUGGUGUUAAAACAACCAGGGCUGAACAGUUGGGGUCCGUGGUAUCACUCGACGGUAUCGAUGACUAUGUCUUUAUCAAUGGUAUUCGGAGCAAGUGUAUCAAUGAUCCUACCUUCUGUAGUCGAGGGCUAACUGUGGCUUUUUGGAUCAAAUACCAUGCAGGCGAGUUCAUAUUAUCAGGAGGUCGUUACACAGACGCUGAUGAAGGUCCGGGCUUCCGUUUCAUUUGUUCUAACUGCGCAAGCGCAAGUCCCAGUGCAAGCACCGCUGACCGACAAAAGUCCAAACGUUUCGUCCUUAACCUUUCAACACAAACACAAGACUGGAAGAUCAGCCUGGAUUUCUUACCGAAAGCUUGGUUUCAAUUCGCRUUUACUUGGCAUGUCGACCAUGGWCUCAAAGUUUACAAGAAUGGAAAGCUUUUAGCCAAAAAUAAUAAACCASAAAGUGUUAAYUAUAGACCACUUCAAUACCAAACCAUUGUUAUAGGACGACCCAAUAGUUUAACCAAAAUGCAUUAUUACGGCAAGUUCGAUAUUGGACAUUUAGUGGUMUGGCCGUAUGAGUUAUCUGCAUAUGAAGUAGAAGUAGCUUUUCUUACUGUAUUGGCUAAGACUACCAAGUCAUUGAUAUGCUGUCAUUUCAAGAAAGCUGAUCCUUGCCUUGUCAACCCUUGCUAUAAUGGKGCUUCAUGUCGGUCUGUUGACGAGAAAUUUGAAUGCAUUUGCCCAGACAUCAGCCAAGGACCUUGCGAUAAUGAGAAACCAUCCACCAAAUGCAUGGAUCGGUCGGAUGAUUGCGCCAUGUAUGCAAGCCAGGAAAACUAUUGUCAAACCCACAAGAAGUUCAUGAGUUCAAUGUGUGCCAAAACCUGUAAAUUCUGCGGGGAUGAGAACAGAGAGACUUUACCAACUAUAAUGACGGCUUUACAAACACCUACAGCAGUCAGUCCUCGUCCAAAGACGCCAACAAGCAAACCAAUAUCAACUCCACGAUUAAGCGACGCCACUUCCUCACAUUUAUCACCUACCAAGAAAACUAACGGACUUACUGACAGCUCUUCUUCCACAAGGAAACGUUCCAAGGGGAUUAUAAAUAUUUUGGGAACAGAAUCGUGGACAAUGGAUACAAAUCGAGUGGGAAAAUUCUCCAAUACCGGCCAAAUUGAUCCUGAAAAUACACAAAGUGGUCAAAUUCCAAUCAAAACAGUGCUACAUUCUAGCAUUGGAACUACUAGCACAAAGCCUUCGGAAUCGAUGCGUAUGUCGUUGUUGUAUUCGAAAAACGAAAAAACCCCUUGGCACAACGAAAGAACUAUCAGCAAGCCUGUUACUUCAGCGCCGGAAGUAUUGCCCUCACCAGAACCCAGUCAAAGCGUUAAGACCAUGGCUCUUUCUCCCACUCCUAACAUAGGCAUAGGCUCAAAAAACGACGGCAAUAAACCGUCCAUUUCAUCUCCUUUCACAGGUUCAGUUGACAUGGCGAGGGAGACAGCAAGCCCAUCUUAUAUUGAUCCUCAUGUCCUUUCCACCUCAGGUACUKCUCCCACAACACAACAUCCUAAAGGACCAAGAACUCCAACUUACAGAAUACAGACUUUAUCUCCCACGCCUACACCUUAUCCUACUGUUGCACAACCGCAUAGAUGCCCAUUAGGAAAGGGCAGCAAACAGGAAUGCAUUUGUAUGAACUGCGAGGGCAACACUGGCCCUGGAUUAAUGUGUUGUAUCGAUCAACUUUAUCCUAAUGACAUGGAUCAAGGAAUCACACUCGUGAUCGACUCUCUUUCUAUGAUGAAUUUUCUCCCYAAGAUUGCAUCUUUACGGAAACUUGCGGGAGAAAUAAUUAAUGAAGAGUGUUCAAAGACUCCAUGCUUUCAAGAUAGUGUGGUUAGGAAAAAGCGAUCAGCAAGUGACGGGAAUUAUGGAACGCCGAUAAAGAGCUGGGAUGGGUCACCUAUUACACCUACUAACACUUUGAAACCAAAUUCAAAGCGGAACGCAGCUUCUACGGCUCCGCGUAUUCAAAAACCUAUUAAUGUUAAUGUGGUGAUGUUUAAAAUUGCCCGGCAUCCCUCGGAACAGCGCAACCUAUACACGGCGUUUUAUGUAUCCGUGGAUGGAACGAAUGAGACUCAGAUUUUAAAAGCUGAUGUUUUAGAGAAAAUCAUUCGCUCUAAAAAGGGUCGUUUAGAGCGGGGACUGAAUAUAUCUAUAAAUCGGGUGGCACCGUGGCACACUUUCAGCAGAAAAUUUUCCAUUGGACGCAGAACUGUGUCAUCAACAGCCGCCUUCCCAAGUUCCUCUAUCAUCUUACCAGGUGGUGGAACUCCCAGUAUUGAGGGACAAGAGGGGCGUAAUUCAACUGCCAAUAUGUCCAAGAGUACGUUCAUAAUUGUACUCGUUUUAGGGAUCGGCGGUUUUGUUGUACUUGCGAUAAUCAUUAUUUAUAUGCUGGUCAAGUUUUUAAGGCGUAUGAAAGGCGAGUUUGUCCCCGACAAGGCCUACCCUAAUGACCAAAAAUCAGAAGCAGGCUCGGAUCAGUUAAUUCCUUCGUUUAUUGAUCCAUCGACUCCAAGAAUCACUGAUGUUCCCAAGAAAACCGUUAGGCCUACAGGAACAGCGAAUUCUGUUGGUGGCAGCGGCGGUGGUGGCGGAGGAACUGGUGGCGGUGGUUCUAGUGGAUCCAAGAAGGCUAAAAAACCAAUGGGUGUCAAAGUGACCUAUAAGCCGCCUAAAUGGGAUUGAAUUAAUGUCGAUUCAAACAUGAAUAUGUAGAUGGCCAAAACAGUUCAAAGCAUGUCUCCAAGUAGGCGCCAUACUGUGUUACCAUAGUAACUGCAGUGAACAGUUGUUGAUAAUGAUCAAGAGUUGCAAAAGAGAUAUGACCAAAUAUGGCGGCACAACGGAGUAUAGAAAAUCAAUAAUAGAGCUGUUUCUCGUGACACUCCCACAAGUAGACAUUAUAAUUCAUUCGUUACGAAUGCAACACAUUUAACGAGGAUAGCAAACAAAUCAUGUUAACUUGAUCUUUUUUAGUCAUUAAUUGUAAAAUAUGAAGCUUUCUUUAAAGCGAUCUUUCAAAUGACGCAYAAGARUUGAUCGAUAGCUUUCCGUUUGCAGAAACCAAGGAUUUGAGAAAAUAUCCUUAGCAAAACAGCAUGAAAGGACAUGCACAGUAGAUGUUUAUAUAGCCGCUAUGAACAUGCAUUCUGUACCAUUACUGCUCAGCACGAUUUUUGUCUUAACUUUCGCACGCGCGAGACUGAAUUGCAAAGUAUGCUUUAUGUCAUGAUCAGUCUGGUUAUGCGACAGUUGUAGACAAAGAUUUUGUGGGAUAAAUCAUGUAAAUAAAGCAAUGCCACAACCUUCUUCUUAACAGUCUCCUUCACGGUUCCCUGCGCCAUCUUGAAAGGUAGCCGUGCCUUUACAUCGAAGCGAGACAACCGUUGAGUGUGCAAUAAUAGAUACUUGUGAAUAAUUGUCUAUAGCUGUGGAARGAGAUCGUUCACUCACAUUUCGUCUUGCAUUGACGUCUCAGGGAAGCGUGAACGAGACUGUUUUGUGACGUCAUAGUAGUUUGCAUUCCGUAUUUUUAUUGAUCUCACGCUCCAUUGCUCCUUUUCUGAGUGGUUAGGUUAAAUGAUGACUAGUGAGUAUUCACAAUGCGGACAUAAUGCUUUUUGACGUAGGUCAAACUUGAAUGGCUCUUGGACCUUGAAUCAAAUCCCUGCACUUCUACCCCUUCACCGUUGUUCACUUGGCACUUUUACUGCUUCAUGUAAUGCCCUUAAAACUCGUACUUGUUUUGUCUACCGAUAAACCAAUCAUUUGCGCACAAAUCAAUGACGUCAUACCUCACACAUAGCGAUAUAAUAUUCUUAAUCCAAGAUUUAAUGCACAGUGCAGCAUUUGACUGUAUUUUUUUAUAGCGCCUUAAUAAUAAUUACACAUUGAUUUCAAAUCGUGAACAAACUCAACCUUGUAUCCCAGGCCCCUUAUCCCCUCCAACUGACCGCAAGUGGAGGGAAAGGGACCUGGGAAUGAGGUUGACAAAACUUGCUGUAGUGUGCCGAAAUCUUUACGAAUCGUCUAUACAAUUGCUGUGAUUGUUCGACUUUYAUUCAAUCUGAGUUUAGAUUAAUGCARYACAUCACCAAGAACACAACUGUCCUGUUGCAACUGUGUAAUUUUGCGAGGCGCUGUAAAAUAAUCUCAAGGUUUGAACUUGCUUGAARUAUGGGAAAAUCAAGAUUUAACGAAAUCAUUUCUUAAGUUUUCAGUUAUGACAUGAUUACUGUCAGAAGAAACUCAUAGCAAAAGUAGAAAGUUUGGGAUAWAAACAAUCCUGCCAUAUCUCCACUUUUCUUAAUGUAAUUAAUGUUGAUAUUGAUGAAUUUGAACGGCACCCUAUACUGAUAUAUGUCCUGCUUAAACCAAUGAUGUUUACUGCCAGUUUUGUAGUUAAAAUAAAAGAAAGAUGCAAAGGUGUCAAA